AUGGGUUUGCGGGGGAAGGUGGUUGCGCCGUUCUCUUACCCAGCGACGUGGGAUGAAUUUGGAUAUACUCAUCUCGUCGCAAUAACGGCGGAUGAGAAACGCGCUGGCGGGGCCGACCCAUCGGCCGGCGUCGAGGUGUCGAACAUUGAAAAGUCCCGCCGAGGGUCCCAAGCAACCGUAGACCUGAACGACAACAAAGAGGCCAAGAUCAAGAACCCUCUGCUUGGAAUCAACCGUAGCGAGCUCCUCCGCGAUGUGGAACACUUCACCCACGACAAGAGUCUCGACGAGUAUCUCCCCAUGCUUAAGAAGGGCGCUUUGGUCGCCCAAGACCCCACCGGCUACGAAGAGAUAGCCGGCGCUGAGGCUCUCGAACCGGAUGAGAUUCAAGUGUUGCGCGACGAGGUUCUGCACAAGUGGCGCAUUCCCAAGAUUCUCUACCUCACCAUUAUCACCUGCUCCAUCGGCGCCGCUGUACAGGGUUGGGAUCAGACAGGAAGCAACGGCGCCAACUUGUCGUUUCCAACGGUCUUUGACAUUGGAUCGAAUUCGCAUCAUGAUACUCUUCUUGUUGGUCUAGUCAACUCAGCGCCAUACAUCGGCUCGGCGUUCAUCGGCUGCUGGCUCUCUGAUCCAUUGAACAACUUGGUUGGUCGUCGUGGGACCAUCUUCUUCGCCGCCAACUUCUGCAUCUGGAUUUUGGCUUGUCGUCUUCUUCUCGGUAUCGGUAUGGGCGCAAAGGCCAGCACCGUCCCCAUCUUCGCGGCCGAGAACUCUCCUGAAAUGUGGACAGCCUUCGGGAUCCUGGCUGGAACUGCUGCUAGUUUAGCUGUUGGUGAAGUGGGAGAUAUAGCAUGGCGGUUGCAGCUUGGUUCAGCCUUCAUCCCGGCUGUCCCACUUGCUCUGCUUAUAUACGUAUGCCCCCAGUCUCCCCGUUGGUAUAUCAAGAAGAACCAAUACGGAAACGCAAUGAAAUCGCUGCUUCGGUUGCGGAACCACCCGAUCCAGGCGGCUCGGGACUUAUACUACAUCCAUAUCCAGCUUCAGGUCGAGGCUGAGAUCAUUGGACGAUCCAACUAUGCCAAGCGGUUUAUCGAGCUGUUUACGAUUCCCCGUGUCAGACGAGCCACAUUGGCUUCGUUCACCGUCAUGAUUGCCCAGCAGAUGUGCGGAAUAAACAUCAUUGCUUUCUACUCGUCGACAAUCUUCAAGGAGGCGGGCACAUCCGAGUUCAACGCCCUCCUCGCCUCAUUCGGCUUCGGCAUGGUCAACUUCCUCUUCGCCUGGCCCGCCAUCUGGACCAUCGACACCUUUGGCACAUUUUCCCCUUUCGGCAUGGCCUGGGUGGUUGCAACAUGCCUCUUCUGGGCCGCCGUGCUCUCGAUUUCCUUUUCCAUCAUGCUGGCAGACCUCGGCGUGCUCAGCUCUUUCUGCUUCUACGCAGGACUGAACGUGAUAGCCUUCGUCGUGAUUAUAAACAUUCUUCUCCUCCCUAAGCUAAGCAACCAGCUAACAUGCCACCAGUUCUUCUGGGUCCCCGAAACCAAGCAGAGAACACUCGAAGAGCUCGACUACGUCUUCGCAGUCCCAACAAAGCUCUUCAUGCGGUACCAGGUCACCAAGGCCUUGCCGUACUGGUUCAAGCGCUGGAUCCUCUGGCAGCGCGACGCCAUCCUCGAGCCGUUGUACAAGUUCGACCUCACGCACGAGGACCACCACGCCGCCGACGACGACAAGGCGCAGGUCGAGUUGCGGGACAAGAAGCACGACACCUCGUAA